GUAAUUUACAGAAAAAAACUUACUUUCUAUAGAUCUAGAUAGGAUGAUUUGUCUAUGGACCAGUGCACCAUGUUUAAGCUGGUACUGACGUUUUUUUCUCUACUGGCGAGUUUCUGGUCGGUGCAUGGCGGAGACUCUCUACAAAUGACGAACCUGGACAACGGCACUUUUCAACAUCAAACCAAACGAAGCUCAUCGCAGUAUAGCGCCUCUUACACUGAUGAGAUUAGACAUCCAAUGUUUGAUGGUAAAGAAAUUCACAUCGAGGCAACUGUUAAAACAACGGACAGCAGAUUGACUAUUGAACUGUGUGAAAAACAAAACUGUCUUGUGGACAUCGAAUUUCAAGCCGAUAUUCGUUUUAACAUUAGGACACUCGUCAUGAAUUAUAAGAGAAACUUACAAUUUGGACAAGCAACUACAAGAGAGGGAAUACCAUUGACAUCUGAAGGUCCAAUUCAAAUAAAAAUAGUAAUAAACCCCCAAGAAUUCAAGAUCUAUCUCAACAACACAUCGUAUACUUUUACAACAGUGGUUAGAUUGACAAAGUUAUGGUAUAUAAGGAUUCGUGGGACGCCUCAAAUUAAUUGGAUCUUGUAUUCAUACAAGCGACCACCAAAGAUGGUUCGCUUUAACCAACAACUUGACGACAAAAGGAUCAUAAUAACUGGCACUCCUACUGAAUCAUUUACAAUCAACCUAAAGAAUUGGAAUCAACAUGCAAAUCAUUCAAAUUGUGAACAUGGAAUCGUCGCUUUUCAUAUGAGUGUUAGGUUUUGGUAUUGGGAUAAGCAUGUAGUCUUUGAUUCUAAGCCCUUGGGUGAUUCGUGGAAAAUCAAUCGCAAACUCGGACGUUUUCCAUUUGCAAAGCAUGUUCAAUUUAAGUUACAAAUCACAAUACGCAGAAAUAGAUAUGAGCUUCUCUUUGGCGAUGGCAGUGUUCACAACUGGAAUCUCGCAAAUGAAAACGUAGAUAUGUUGUGCAUUAACGGUGAUCUGACAGUCCACAACAUUCUGACAACAUAAAAAUCACUGUAUUAACUUCAAGCACAGCGCAGGAGAGAGCCGCCUUUUAAAGAAAUUUAAACAUGAAAUCCUGACACGUUUUUUAAACGCUUCAGAGUGUUAAAUAAAUCAAUACUAGCAUAUAGUAUAGAGACACUAUGUAAUGUCAAUUUUUAAAAUAUUUUAAAAUGCAAUUGUUUUUAAAAAGCAAUCACCAGUUCCUAAUAAUCUUUCAACCAAACGUUUCUUUUGUUUUAAGCAUUGACUGUGGAACAUCGGAUUAGAAAUCAUAUCACCGUGCAAAAGAAGUAAAUGUACACACUAAUAUUUAUUUAUUUAUAAAUUUAUUUAUUUAUAAAUUAUAUAUUUAUUUUAUUUAUUGAUCUAUUUUUUUUUAAUUUAUUUGUUCAUUUUUAAUUCAC